UUAAAAAUGGCAUCAAAAAUGUUACUUCUCGUCUGAAUUUUGGUUGCUUCGCUAACAACAGUAAGAGCACAGGAAGAGAAUGACUACACAGUGUACUUGGAUUACUCCUUAGAAUUCCCCCUUACCUCUGAGGAUUUUAGAAACUGGGAGACUCAAGGUGCAGCUAUUUUUACAAAAGACAAACUCAUUAUCAACCCAGAGGUAAAAUCCAGGCAAGGUCUCGCCUACAAUAAGAAGCCGCUACAAGGUGAUGAGUGGAUGAUUGACGUCCAGUUCCAAGCUGGAAACAACAAAGAAUCCACUUUUGGAACAAACGGAAUGGGCAUCUUCCUCCUCAAAGAAGUCCUGAGUAAAGAGAUUGACUCUAGUAAUGUUUUUGGAUACUCAAACGAGUUCAUUGGGGCUGCAGUUCUGCUCAACGCUGGACUUCGAAAAAGAGACACUGAGGAUAAGAAGAAAAGACUCGAAGGAGUCCAAGGAGCAGUUUCUGAUGGUACAAAACCUCUUAAUACUUGGGAGAUCCCACAUGACAACACCUGCUAUUACAAAUGGAGAAAUUCAAAAGAUGAUGAAGGGAAUGCACUGUUUAAUACCUUACGGCUUCAUUAUAACCAAGACUCAUUGGCAGUGUUGUAUUAUGAUUUCAAAGAAAACCAAUUCACACACUGCUUCAAAAUGGAUGCGAAAUUCAGUGAUGGAGUAUACAUUGCUAUAUCGGGAGCUUCUGGUGUGUGGGAUCAAGAUUAUCACUUCAUAAAAACUCUUAAGACAAUGAACCCUAACAAGAUUGAUAAAACUCACCAUGCAGAAGAAGCUAAAAAGAUUAAAGGGAAAAGAUUUAUUGAAACCCUCAAAUCUGGAGAUGUUAUGCAUGAAAAUAGGCUUAAAUACGAAGAUAUCGACGACCUCAUCAAGAAAGUCAAUGGAGAGAUUUCUAAAUUCAAAUAUCAUUCCCUUGUUGUAGAGAAUUUAAUCAAGAGGAACCGGGAUAAACUUCCUGAUGACCAGAACCAUUUACUAAAUCUUGAAAGAAUGAAUACAGAUCUAAACACAAUCAUGAGGGACUUCAACACGCUUGAAAGAAUGAUGGCUUACACAAAUAGCUUAAUAAUCGAGGUGGAAAAGAGGCCUCCGAUCAGACUUCCCCAAAACAACAACCAAAUCGAAAGCCAAGUUAGUGCUCAAAGGGCUCAACUAGAGAAUGAUAUCAGAGAAUUAAGCAUUAGAGCAGUAAACCUAGAGAAGCUAAGAGAGGUCCAUUCGGAGAAGAAGGAAGUCGCUCGGCAAGUUGAGAAGUCAAGAAGAGACCAGCUUAGUCAAUCUAGAAUGUCUAAUGACAUCCCUCAAGGAGCUAUUUCUCCAGAGUUACACCAGAUUAUUGAGAACUCAAAGCAAGAGAUUAGGUCUCAGACUGAAAGUGGGGGAAGCUGGCUUAAGACCAUCCUGACUUGGACUGCACUUGUAGGAAUUGCAUACUUCAUGUACUCAAUCUACAAAGGCCUGAAGGAAGAGCAUGCUAAACUCUAA